AUGACAAAUUAUGAUGAACUUCAAACGAUUUAUGACAACAAUAUUGAAUAUAUCUCGAAAAUUCCAGUAACAGGAAUUGAAAUAUGGAUUCGAGAAGAAUGGCAUGAUAUUAAGAAGUAUUGGGCAAGUUAUUAUGGUGGACUUGACCCCCGAGAAUGUUUGCAUAUUCCAACCAAAAUUGAUGAAAAAUGGAGUUUGAAAGAUUUUGCAAGUGUUGAUAAAUGGUAUACAUUUGAGAUGAAUAAUGCGGAACUUAUGGAUAUUUGUCAUAAGCGAAAAGAUGUUAAUCGAAUUGCACAAGAUGCUGGUUGGAUAACAGUUCAGCAUAACAUCUCACAUAUGAUUAUUGGAUCAGAAAGAGUUGAAACAAAAAUCCAUUUUAAAAUUUAUACUGAUAAUGAAACGGCAGAUUAUCGAAUCACAAGAAUUGAGAGAUUAUGUUUGGUUCAUUCUGGAUAUCCACCAUGCACAAAAUCUGCGAGUUGUGUGAUUGGUGUAAUUGAGGAUGAUCCACCAAGAGAUGCAUUUGAGGAAAAAAAUCAGGAUAAUGCGGGUGCUAUUAAACAUCCAUUUUGUUUUAGAAAAUGA